AUGGAACUUGGUUUGGCAGGUGCCCUUGGAAGGCGUCGGCUUGAGUCAGGAACUGACUUUGGCACUGGUUUUGAUUUUGAUGUCAACGGAGCGACACUAUCACGCUUGAUGCGAAUGAAGAUGCGUUGGAACCUGCAGAUUUUUCGGGGGGAGAUCAGACUCCCUCGGGCAGUGGCUUCGCCUGGAUUUUGUCGUGGCGCAAGUUGUGGAGGGCUGCGCGGAACGCAGGCGUCCACGGGUUGCAUUUUCGAGCGUGGUGGUGAUGGCGGCGGGUUUCACAUCUCUCGCGCCCUCCACACACACACACGCGCACACGAAGCUAAGCCGCGACCAACUUGCACAGGCACGAAAUUCAUGCAGAUAAAGCUGCGUCCGGGAUUUGGUGAUGUUUACGCUCUAAGCGAGGCGACCGGAGACGAUUACGCCUCCGCAACGCGCCAGACAAGCGCACGGCGGAGUGACUAG